AUGGAUGUCCCUCCUCACCAAUGUUCGCUUCACUGUGGGACGCUUUCAAUAGACAUAUAUGGUAUGGGCCAGAAUACUUGGAAGCAUCACCAUUAUGCGGCCUUCAAUCGUCGAUCCGCCAACCUGGUUACCAUGUACGACAAAAAGCAACAUGCAAGACGGCGUCGACUCAUAGGGCCUGUCUUUAGCGAGACGAACAUGAGACGAUUCGAGCAUCGACUCCGUGAGCAUGUUGUCUCGUUCUGCCGGAAGAUCUGUCUGGUAUCAGCACCCACAAAGCUCCAUGAUCCGUCCUGGAGUCCACCGAUCAAGUGUUCCGACUGGUGCAGCUAUCUGGUCUUCGACAUCAUGACGGAUUUCAUUUUCGCGGUAAGGUAUAAUGCACUUGAAACAGUUGACUGUCGACCUAUUAUCAACCAUAUUAAAGAAGCCGCUGUGAGGAGUGCAGUUCUUGUAUACCUCCCUUGGUUGAUCCUGGGACGCAUGGACAAGAAGAUAUUCACCAAAUCCGUCCACGCCACCCGAGAAUAUUGGAAAUGGAUCAAGCGAACCCUGGACAGGCGCUCAACAGCGUCUGCGUCGGAUGAUGCCAUAACCUAUCUUCAAGACCCCAAAGACAGGCAGUUGGAUAUAGGACUCGGUGCGCAAGAGAUUCUGUCCGAGUUAGGUCUCCUAGCAAUCGCUGGCCUUGACACAACUGCAACAUCUCUGGCAGCUUUGCUUUUCUACCUAUCCCGAAAUCCACAUGCGUAUGCAUCGCUCGCCUCCGAAAUUCGAACCACAUUCCCCAAUGAGGAUGAAAUUACUCUCGCUAAGCUGAAAGCCUGCACAUACCUCCACGCCUGCAUCGAUGAAUGUCUCCGGAUAUCACCACCAGUCGGCGCGUGUCCGUGGCGUGAAGUGGGAGACGGGGGCGUAACCAUCGACGGCCACUUUAUACCUGAGGGAUACAGUGUCGGGACGGCUAUCUACAGUAUCCAUCAUCAUCGCACAUACUUUCCACGACCACACGAGUAUAUCCCAGAAAGGUGGAUUGUAGCCACCGACAACAAUAAAGAGCAGGUUGAUGUUGCCAAGUCAGCCUAUGCACCUUUUCUGAUCGGGCCGAGAUCCUGUGUCGGACAGACAUUGACGUAUUCGGAGCUGUUACUUACGACAGCCAUGGUGAUCUGGAAGUAUGAUUUCAAGGCCGCGACAGGAAUGGAGGAGCUAGGGGCUGGGAACCCCUUUUCUGAACUGGGAAGGACAAAUCCGAUGGAGUUCCAGAUUAUAGAUCGAAGCUUCAGUUUGAUGGAGGGGGCCGAUGAUCCAGUUUCGACCGCGGAGUAUCGAAGUGCUCCGGGUAUGAGUGCAAAUAUUUACAUUGAAUAAGCAAUACAUCCGAUGGUAUCAUGUGUGUGGUCAGAGGAACUCAACCCAACAAGCCCGCCAGUCCGUUAUCAACCGGGAUACAUGUCCCGUUGAUUAGCUCCGCCCCAGGACCAGACGAGAGAGACAGACACAGCUCGGCCACCCGGUCCACAUCGCAUAGCGGAGCUCCUGCGGCAGUCAUAAGAGCCAUGGCCUUGUCCUUCCC